AAACAAUUGGUGUGUUGAUCAAUGUUUUAGUUUAUUUUAGUUCGUAUAGUUAGUAUAACAUUGUGAAUCUAUAAUAAUUUUUCUUCUUGGCUUGCGAUGAAGCCGAGUCACGUGUUGCUGCUUUUGUUUGUGCUGCUGUUUGAUGUGUCGUUCGUAUUGGCGAAAUUCAACUUUACCAUCCCAAAAAUAUUACAAGGAUCAUGGUUUUCGUGGGAGGUCGGGAAACCCACAUUGACUGUUUUAGACGAUCAUACUAUGUCCGACAGAGGCGAUCUAAUUCGAAUGGAGCGAGAAGGAUCAAACUAUACAUUCAUUUUCCAAGGAAGAAAAUGUUUCCACUGUGUACAUGCCUUUCCGCGGACGGUAAACAUAUUUGAAAAGUUUGAAUCUGCUUGUGUGACACUGGGUUUAAACGAAGAACCGUCAAUAAAUCGUGUAUGUCGAGGAAUUACAACGGAUCAACAGUUAAUAACUCUUUUUAACGAAAACUACGUGCCCGUCAAUUGUCGCUCCUCGCUAGAAGGUGUGUGGCAGUUUGCAUAUCAGAAUCGAUUCCGCUUCACAGGAGAGUGUGAUCAUCCGGAUGCACGGAUACAUUCGUGUCAGCAGGCAGGAACACAGUUUCUUAUUUCUAACGAAAAGUUUAACAUAACCUACAAGCAGUGCAUCGGUAUGGCGGAAACAUUUAAUGGCGUGGUGGAAUACAGCUGCUUGGGUGAUUGGUUUGUUGGAAAGAACCACUACUUCACCGUGGCUAACACGAAGGAAUCGCGAAAAGAUGAAAAAUAUCGAUGCUUUCUCAAGAAUCGAGAUGAUGAUCUCUAUCUAGGCGUUUCAAUCACGGCCGAAUGUAACACUCUGAAGACGGUUGAAAAAUCACCGGAACGUCUAAGAAUUACUCCAGUGAAGGCUGAUGUCAUUGAGCCAGGUUGCCGAUUCCCGCAAAACUUCACCGGAGAUUGGAUUAACACGGCUAAUAUAGACGGUGAUGUUAAGAUAAAUGAAACACACAUUGUAGAAACGUACAAACCAGAUCAGUCGCGAUAUCGUCGCACGAUAUAUGUUUGCCGAGAGCAAAGAGACACUCGUAUCAUGAUGGCCCGACUGACGGUCGACGGUUGCCAGACAGAUUACGUGUGUUUCGAUUUCGUUCCCAAACACCAUAACGUUAUUCGUUACCGACGCGGGUUAGCCGUAAUCCAAGACGAUUUUUCAACGGUAUGCUCUUGGAAGCAGUUCCCAAAUAAGGAGCAGUGGCGGUAUGAUUUACUGUUGGCAGCAAAACCCGUCCCCAUUCGGUGUCCCGUAGCCGGCAAGUUUAAUUUUACGCAGAAAGGAGAAGCCCCAUUUAAAACUCGUAUUCUCGGCGGUGUCACGCUUAGCCCUCGACCGGAUAUUCGUUGCAAGCAGAACAUAUCGGACUUUUCGGUUUGCGAUGGAGAUCAGAAGGAGAUGACGAUCGAUGCGGACUACUGUCUAUCAGUGGAUUAUCUUGGACGCCCCAUCGAUAUUUACAGCGAUCCCGAUUAUCGCAUGAAUUGUAUCGGAUACUGGCAGGAGAAUUUGAAAUCCUACCUCAUCACCUAUGACGAUCUGGAUCCACUCUCCAAAUACCGCUGUUGGGUUUAUCAACGGGCGGAUCUGAACCGUGUGUUGAUGUCACAGGCAGUCGGAGCCUUUUGUGACAUUAAUCAAGACGUUACCUCGUGGAACUACACAGAGGGUGCCGUUGUUGCCAUCGACAUGACCGAAUAUGAACGCGAGCGUGAUCAGUGUCCAAUGCACUUUGAUGAUGGAGAAAACCCUUGGUUGGAAACAGAAAAUUUCAUAACCGUCUUUCCGUGGGUUAUUUACCGCUCCACCGCUGCUCUCAGCAGCACUCUGACCUCAUUCCUUAUUUCGCUAGCAGCGGUAUGUUUGAAGGUUUUCUUUUAAUCUUUUAGUUUGAAUCUCUCUGCAGGAAAUUUUAUCCGUCCAAAAUGCACUGCCAGUCGAGUGCAAUGUGCCUUCAUUCCAUCCAUAAAUGUAAAUGUAGUACCUCAUGAGAAUUAUAAAUAAAGACGUGGAUGUUGACUCUACUA